UCCUGGAGGCAAAGGCCCGACACACGCCUCGCAGUGGUUGUUGGGUUCGGUCACGUUUUCCCCUCACGCCUGUCGCUCUUGAAAUGGCGAGAUCUUUUCGGUCACUCCCGGAGGGUUUACAAGCGACGACUAUCGAAUGAAAGCGAUAAAUAUACUGAAAAAGAAGUACUGCUUCUUUCUCGAAUGAUGUCAUUCCCAUUUUCGGCAGAAAAUAAGACAUCUUUCUGAAAUCACGAGGCUUCAUCCACCCUCAGAUCGAGUCCAUUCAUAAAUACGAAGAAAGGAGCGGCGAAAAAAGGCGGCGAUCGUCUAGUGUUUGCGUGCUGCUUUCCAAGUACAUCGAACGGAUUCUGACGACCUUUUAUUUUCCGUCGGGGGAAUUCAGAAAAGAAAAAAGAUCUGAUAAUGACACGUCUCAAUACGAAGACCUGAUUCACCAAUCAGGAGAAAGAUCGAAGUGCCGUCCCACGAACUUGUUUUGGUUUCGGAAAUGUGACAGUAAAACGGGCCAUGAGAUAGGCUGAGGUUGGUGUGCUCGAAUCCGUGAAAGAAAAGAAAAGAGAAAGAGAACGAGAAGGAUUUCUGUGCGCUAGACGAGUCCUGCAGAGAGUGGAGGAAAGAGUGCCCAGCCUCUCCCCACCUCUCCCGACGCCGUGUCCAUCCUCCCAGAGGUACUACUCCUCUACUGCAGUGAGAGUAUAGGUUCCCCUCUUUGCCUCCCUAGUGGUUUCCCCUCAGGCAGAAAGAGAACUAAUAUAUGUACUAUAUUCAUAACACUGGAAGUCGCAUGACCUCAUCAUGAACUCCCCGAUCAAGAUUUCUACAGCAAUUUUCGUCCUCUGGAUAUCGACUCGAGCUUCCUCGAGGCCGCAGGAUGAAGGCGACGUCAGCUUAGCUGAGAAAGAUGGGUUUUCGUCACCACUGGUUCAUGUUCAUCGCGAAUCGCAGUAUUCUUCUAUGACUCGUGACGCCCUAAGGUGGAUAUGGAUCGACGAGACUUCGCUGGAGCUGACGUGGUCCUCGAAAUUUUCUCUGUCUCUUAACGACGCCGUCAAGGGCUAUGGCCUCUCCCUCACGCAUCCUCAACAUUUCGAGCCAUUUUCCACCACCACCAUCUACAGCUCCAACAAUCUUCAGCACCAGUUCGGGGGUCUGAAGAGCAACGUCACUUACGGAGGCAAACUGGAAGCUUUGGUUGGUCCCCACUACUGGCCCUACAACCUGCUCAACUUCACUUUUUCAUCGGCUGUUCUCGUCCCAGGAGUUGGUCUCGGACAACGAGGGGCAGCUGAGCGACCAACCAGCAACACUGCAGACUUAGGAAAAGUAGCUGUGGGAGUUACCUUGCGAUGGUCACACUCUCCCUUCACGACAGGAGCUCUCACAUCCAGCGAGUGGGAUGCUGGCGGAGGCAGACCAGAGGGCCUGAAACCUGAUGGUUACCUUCUUCAGAUAUGGGACCACAAACACCUCAUGCUCAAGCUCACGACGUUAGUCUCAGGAAAACAUGAUGGCUGUAUUGCUAACGUUGGUGGUUUGUCACUGGAUACGGCUUACAAAGCGACGCUACAAGGCCUCCACGAUGACGGUCGAGUUGGGACAGCUCUUUCCUUUUCUUUAGAUGCUGGAGCAUUCUAUGUUGCUGGGGGUGGCAUGACCACAGACGGUGUGUCUGAAUGCUACUCCGGUCUGCAAGUCAAAUGCCCAACGUCAGACCGCUGUGUUUCUCCUUACUGGAUUUGUGAUGGUGCGCCAGAUUGUCCAAAUGGAGAAGAUGAGAUUGGAUGUGACAAAUCUCCAUGUGAUGGUUUUCGCUGCUGGGAUAAUGUGUGCAUUCCAAGUGCUUGGCGAUGUGAUGGUCAUCGUGACUGCAAAGAUGGCGAUGAUGAGUAUUCCUGUUCUGGUUGUAAUGAAGGAGAAAUCGCAUGUUCUACUGUUGGAUUCUGCUUUUAUCCUAAUGCUACUUGUGAUGGCAUACCAGACUGUCCAGAUGGGUGGGAUGAAUCACUGGCAGUAUGUGGAGGGAAAGAGUGCAGUCCAGGAGAGCUGCCAUGUUGGGAUAAUGACCACUGUGUAGAGCACUCUCGUCUUUGUGAUGGUACACCUGAUUGCCCAACAUCUGAAGAUGAAGAUCGAAGCUUUUGUAUUGCUUUUAAAUCUAUGCAAGAGACUACUACACUUGCAGUUGACCUUCAAGCAUCUUUGUGUGACCAAAAGCCUUACAUGAAAGAAACAAAUUGUUCUUUGGAUAAUUAUCAAUGUGAAAGUGGUGAAUGCAUUCCUAAAAUGUACUUCUGUAAUGGACACUCUGAUUGCCAGACAGGAGAUGAUGAGGAGCCAAAUGCAUGCUCAUUUUACAACAAAACACCUCCAGGAAUGGGUCAACACCCUCAGAAUGUUACUCAUUCAGGAGGAACUAAGAUAAAUGAAUGUGGAGAAAACAUGGUAGAGUGCCCCUCAGGGAAGUGUGUAUUAAUGAAUAAAAAAUGCUCCCUUGAUGAGAUGUGUAAUGAUUCAAUUAACAAGGACGAAUGUGAACUUGGUACUAGUUUAAAUUUAAGUAAUGACAUAGAGGACAAUAUCAUUGAAUCUAGUUCAGAGGAUGAAGGAUACAUGAAACAAAAUAUCUCGGAUAAACCUAACAAUUUAACAACAAAUGAAGUAAAAGUAUUAGGUAAUGUGACAAACUUCAAUAAUGUUGAGCACAAUUUAACAUCGCCUCCUGUUCUGAAAGAUCUUGACCUGGGAAGUUUAGAGGAGGACACCCAAACUCUUUAUCAAACUCCAUCACAAGAAGUUGUGCAUACUCAAGAGUCAAUUUCAUCAAGUGAUACUGAUUUUAAUAUCAGAGUAAUUGUCGAAGACUCUUCUUCAGAAUCUAGUGAGGGGGAAAAUUUGGACAUUGGCUUCAAAGAAAACAAUAAGAGUAGUGCUGACAGCAUUGAGCUUCCCAACUGGAUACGUGAUGACCAAAACUUAUCUACGAAUUCUUCAGAGAGCCAAGAGUUAUUCGUAGAAGAAAUUGUUCCUGAUACUACUUUAAAAGUAUCUAUUUCAGACUCAGAUAUACUUUCAAACUUCAAUACCUCUUUAGAAGAAAAUGAAAUUGAUGAGGCUGUUAAAAACACAACAAAAAUUCUUAAACUAGAUUCUGAUGAAGAAAGUGAUGAUACAGACUCACACUUAGAAACUUUAUAUGAUUCUAUGAAGGACAGUGAUGGAUCUGAGGAAGACUUACGAAGAGAUAAUUCAGAGGACAAUGAACCAGUUGGUCAAUUUAAAGCUAAUUCCAGUGAUGAGGAUAGUAUUAUUGAUAUUCCAAAUUCAGAAAUUAAUAUGACUACUAAUUUACCACUAAAUGCUACUUUAGAUAGUGACUUACUCAUACAAGAUGACAGUGAAAAUCAGACUGCAGGCAGUCAGUUCACAGACAUCGACACUACAACUUUGGCAUUCAUAACAGAGGAAAUGACUUCUCUUUCUACUACUGAUAAUAAUCAACUACUUAUAAGUACUGCAUCAGACAAAAAAGAUGAAGAUGUGUUACAAAAGGCAACAGAACCCGUAAAUGAUAAUAUUCAUCCAUCACCAGGUCCUACAAACCAAGAUACAACAAUUUCUUCACACCUUCUAAGAACAGAGUUAGAUCAUUCAGAACAUAAAGCAGCAUCCCAGGAUGAAGCUCAGUACCAGUCUACUACUGAGUUAGCAAUUACGGAUCUUGAAGAUUCUACAACAAAUGCUGAUGUAACAAUACCUGUCACUACAGAACCAGAUAACUGGAAAGAUAUGGCAGCUGGACAGAAGAAUCUCACUAUUCUCAUAGCUGUUCAUUCUGUUGGAAAUGAGAGUAAAAUACCUCAGUACAUUAUUCAUGGCCUCGAUGGAAGUACAUAUGAGUAUGAAGUUGUUGGUGUAAAUGAAGAAGACAGUUUUAACAGGACAGAGACAAACAAUGAAGGAAACAACAGACAAAUGGUACAUGAAUACAGUGGAGGCAUUCAUGAAUUGUCUUACUUGCAUGAUAAAAUAUCUUCGGGUACAAAAUUAAAUUGUGAAAUUCCUCUAAUGAUUCUCGUCAUUUUUGGUGUCAUUCAAAAUAUAUAAGUUACAAUGCUUCCUGUACUGAACUUUUUUUCAUGUUAAGUUAAACAGUGCUAUCAAGAUUUUAUACUGGCAGGUAAGGAUCACUUCAAAAACGAAAACAGUUUCAAACCAAAUGUUACCUUGUAAGUAUGGAAAUGCUUCAGAAUGGCAAAACAAUAUUAAAAGGAAAUACCAUUAUAUAAACCACAAGUGGUCAAAACCAGAGUAAAAAUUAAAAAAAAUUAUCCAGCAGAUUAAUCAACAUUAAAAGAAAAUAUUGAUGAAUUGAGCACUAUAUCAUAAGAAUUUAUUUUUACAUGCCAAAAAAUACAGUGUACAUUCAGUUCAUUUUUAAAAACAAUAUUUUCUCCUUUGAAUCUUACACUGUCCUUCCUGGCUGUUUCUGCUAUAGGGCAAAUAUAACAUUUCCUUAUUUUCAGUCAAAAUUGUCACAAGCUGAAAAUCUUUAUUUACCAUUUAACCGAAUCUUUAGAGCUAAAAUAGGUAGUGUACUGAAGUUGCCCAAUGUUCCAUACCUAGGAGGAAGCACUUGCUACCAUACUGUACAUAAUGAAAAUAAACAAAGUACAAUAACCAUAUUAAAUAAAUUGGUUUUUAAAUUCUAUUUUGCUACGAUUUUGCUUUAGGGUCUGCCUCAUCACUUGAAAUUUAUAAUGAAAGUUUUUCUCUUAAACAGUUUUGUAAAUAAUAUCUGGAAACCAUAUUUCAUAGAAGUAAAAAUUGACCAUAUCAGGAUCAUGUAGCACAAGAAUGACGUUAAACCAAAAUAAUACGAAUCAAACCUGUAAGUACAUAAUGAUAUUUUAUAAGGAAAAAUGUCGUGGACUUUGUAGAUUUACGGAAAUAUUUAGUUGAGUUAGUUCAACAAAAAUAAAAUAUGAGUGAAUUAUGAGUUGCAUUAUGUUCCAUGAUUGAUCAUGAUUGGGAUUAAAAGUAAGAUAUAUGAUUACUAAUUAUUUUUUCAUAUAUUUUAAGAAAAUAAUUAGGUACUGUAUAUUAAAUAUUUUCUACAGUGCUACAAAGGAUAUACAAUGGAUGUGGAUUUAUAAUGGGUCAAUGGAAUAGAAUGGUGGGUAUGCAUUUUCAAAUGAUUUAUCAAAAUUAUGCAAUGAUCGAUACCCUAUGGUUUAUUAUAUUGCAAAUGAACACUGAAAACAGUUAAGCUAGUUUUUCGCAUAUUUUGCACAAUGAUCUUUGCAGUUCAGUAUAUUACAAAAAACCAAAAGUGUUAUUCCAGCCCUCCCCAUACAAUAUUCUCAAUGAAACUUGUAAAGGUGUCAUCUUGCUCCUACCUCAUUUUAAAAUGCAUAUUUCCAGAAGAAUCAAAGUUUAUUUGCGGUUAGGAGACAUUUUGGACUUGUAGUCCUCAAAUCUCAUGAGUUAGCUUGCAGAAUUUAUUUAUAUAUAUCUAUUUUUCUUUUUUACAAAGAUGGUUUACAAGACCAAGAAUAGUGAAAUUUCUGUCAUUCUUUGGCCACUAUCAACUGCAUUUUGAAAUCAAAUACUGUACCUGUAUUGCAAUAAUUAUGAGUUCAUUAGAGUAUUUAUUAAUCAGAUGUACAGUUUACCAAGUAUUGUCUAUUGAGCAUCUAUAACACAUGUACUAGAAUAUUAUAUAGAACUUGAAUUUUAUCACCUCAUAAAAACUGAUGUAGAAUUAGUAUUUUAUACAAUGUUUAUGCGUCCCUUAACCUUAUCAUAAAAUGAUGGUAAAUCUUCUUUCGUGGUUAAGCAAAUUAAGUCAUUGAUUAAGCAAAUUAAGUCAAGUACUAGAUCACACAUACAUAGUAUGCAUGAAAAGGAGAUUUAAAUUCAUUACCUUAUCAAGAACUAAAUGCUAUACACAAAUUGGCUUUGUAAACUUCAACACAGUGAAUAAAUGUUAAAUGAUAUUAGAAGCGGAAGAAAUAAAAAUUUGGUGGAUAGA